UGGUUUCAGUCAAAGAACCGGUGAAUGGAAUUCAACUAGAUGUGAAGUAAGCAACAUAUCAAUAAAAUAUAUUAAUAAGUAGAUGUGAAUUUAUUCUGGAAAGGUACUUGAUGGAUGAGAGCAAAUUAUGUGGGUGAUUAAUUAUGUUGAAAGUGAGAUUUGAAAUGCUUCUCUUUUUGUUAUUCUGAAAUGAUGCAACUAUGUCAAGAGAAAAUUCAUUGCCAGCAGCACGUGUGGAAAAAGUUAUCUUUACCCUCAAAGAGCUUGAGCUUCUUGUGGUUCAUUCAGACACUGUUUCCCAACUUCCUUUACAUCCUUCCUUAAAAGAAUGCCUUACAAAAGAGAAUCAAGCAAGGCGUUCACAUUUACUUGUUCUUUUCCCAUCCUUGUGUGAACUUGUUAUAUCAAGGGAAGCUAGAGUUAGAGAGCUGGUGCAACAAUUGCUAAGAUACGUCACAACUGAGUUAGGAUUACCAAAGUCUAGUUUAACAGUUGGCUCUUAAUAUUUGUCUUCCUCCAAUUUUUGGUGUUUUAUAAUAGAUAUAUGUGUAUUAUGUAUGCUAAAAUAAUAUAUUGUAUGCAUCUUUUCCUUUACUUGAUGAGGUGGUAUCUUUAUCCUACCACCCACCUGAGACUAUUAUCCACAUUUCUUCCAUA